CCACUCGACACUCGUGGAGUUUAUUUUGGUAGUUCGUUUUUUUAUCACCGUUUCAAAAUUCUUGCUUAUUAAUGAUAUUAAAACUGAUAAGCGAUUAUUGUAGAUAAAACUUGCCUUGGAAUGUGAUGGUGCUGACGAGUCUUUUAAUAUUAUGGCUACAGUGCUUUUAAAAUAAACGCAAAAAUCACAAUGGACGUAUUAAAGGGCUUUUGGACUUCUAUUUUUUGGGGAAUGUAUGAUAGUUUUAAGGGGACAUACACGUUAUUCCAUCUAGACAAAGAAUUGAAUAGAAGGAGAUUAUCAAGAUAUUCUCCAACACAUUCAAAUUCUCCAGUUCGAAGGAGACAGUCAGAGUCUAGGGAUCAAACGCCUGUUCGAACUCUGCAAAAACAUGAGGAAUCAACGGUUAUGUCGAGGAUACUUCAGUGUGGAUUACUCAAUGGUGCAAUAUUUCUGUGUAGCAUUAUUUUCUUUGAAUCUGCGUUCUUGCCAUGUAUGAAUAUGGUGAUUAUGUUUCUCUUUGGUCAAGAGUCCUCAAGUGGACUGUCUGUAUGGUUUUGGAUUGACUUAUUGCUUAGGAUUUUCUUCCAGACAACCUGGGUGGUACCUUUAUUUACUAUUUCCAAAUUUAUAAAUAACUUGUGGUUUCAAGACAUUGGUCAGUCUGCAUAUAGAUAUAGUCGAGGAAGAUCAAAUACCUCCUUAGGUUUGAGCAAAUCAGUCGCUGACUUUAUAUUUAGUGCUGUGGUAGAAGUUAUUUUCUUGGUUCAAGCAAUGCUCAUGACAUACAACCCUAUUUAUUACUUAGGAUAUGGAUUAUACUUGAUCCACUUAAGUUUGCUGUAUUCCUUAUAUGCUUUUGAGUACAAAUGGGGUGAAAUGGGUUGGGAAAUACAUAGGAGAUUAACAUGUAUUGAAACGCAUUGGCCAUAUUUUAUUGGAUUUGGAUUGCCGCUAGCUAUGCUCACUCAGCUAUCAGAUUCUUUCAUAAUAAGUGGGUGUGUUUUUUCCAUGCUGUUUCCCGUGUAUAUAAUUAGUGCUAAUGAAGCCAAUCCAGUAGCGGAGUCUUGUUCACGGAUAAAGAUUUUUUCGCCUGUUAUCGCAGUAACAAAUGCGUUAUUCAGUAUAGUGGGUAAAGGCAAAAAAUUGACUACACAGCGUCCUGUUGCCCAACAUCAACACAGAAGAUGAUCCUUGCUGAUAACUUUUUUUUAUCGGCCUCGAUAUGGAGAAUAUUAAUACACUGGGGUUAUUUUUAUUUUAUUUUUUCGAUGUUUUUGCCGUAGAUAUGUAACUUUUUUGCAAUGUGUGAUUUUUUUUUUAUAUUUAUAUUUAAGGAAAAAUAUACAUAAAGACUAAUUAUUUAACAA